UAACUUUAGAUCACGCAUGUCCACUCCAUUUCGUCCCGUAUGAUAAGAAGUGACGUGUGUUGUCCGAGGGUCUCGCUACUUCUAGAACAUUUAUGGAUUUCUGUGCGCGAAAAGUGACGCAUUUCUUUUUUUUAACCUCGAGCUGUGAUCAGCAUCAGAGUCGGCUACUCAGGAAAAACAGUGACCGAGGCCGAGACCUGUGUGAUUUGAUGGGCUAUUUCUCGGACAUCUUGAAAUAAAUGGAAAAGAGAAAGCAUGUCUUGUGCAGAUAGGCAAGAGACACCCUCUGCUGAUGAUGGAAGGCACUGUUUUGGCAAGAGAGAGGACAUCAUCCAGGCCAAGCGAGUCGUGAAGUUGGUGAAUGGCAGGGAUAUUCUGGUUCUCUACCAUGAAGGAGAAUUUUAUGCUCUGGACGUACAUUGCUACCAUUCGGGUGGUAAUCUUGCACUGGGAGACAUUGAGGAAUUUGGUGGGCGGCUAUGUAUUGUGUGUCCAUGGCACAAAUACAAGAUCACCCUGUUAGAGGGGGAAGGAAUGUAUCAGCCCGUGGAUCCUUCAGUCAAACCCCUACGUCCAGGGCCUUGGACUUCUAAGGGGGUGAAACAGAGGGUCCACUCUGUCACUGAGAGCAAUGGAUACAUCUAUGUCACUUUAAACCCUUCCACCGAGCCAAUUGAAUCAGACUGCUACCAGACCGAGAAGUACAGAGCUACACGUGCUAAAAUGCAACUCCAGAAGAAAAAGUGACAAGGAGGACUAUUGUUGCUUCAUUGUUCAGGGUAAUUCUGACUAUUGCUGUGUCUCGUAUGGCGUACUUCCAUGUGUGCACUGUGUGUUUACAGGCGGAGUGUGUAGGCUAUAUUUGAACAGAAUUGUGUCAACUCGUAUCGAACACCAACUCUGUGCACUUAACAGAAAUGACGGCCGCAACAUUUAAAUAUAACUUUAUUGGUGUCCUCUAUUCGACAGUGACAUGGUCGUACUGUGUCAAAACAUGAACAGUUUAUGACACAAACAGUUAUGCUUAUAACUUGCUUAUACCUCUGUAAAGUGCGUUUUCCACUACUGCUUCUCCCACGAUUACCACAAGUUUGAAAAUGCCUCCCCUUCCGCUCUGUAGCCAAUGGUGUCCGUUGAGGGCGAAGAGUGUUCUACACUCAGCUUUUUGACCAUUAUGAGUGCACCUUCCGGGGACUAGCAGUGCACUUCAUGUCAUUGGAAUUUUCAGUGUGAACACCCUCACACAAAUUAGGUAUUCUAAGUGCAGAAGUAUGCCAUUUGGGACACAGUGUAUGUGAUCUUAUUUGGACCAAAGCCCCUUUAAGCAGGGCAAGGUGCAUUUCAUACACAGAGGCAAUUAAAUGUGCAUUACAUAAGUAAAAGAAAGGAUAGCAAAUUAGCAUGAAUGAAAGCAAAAAGACCAAUAAGAAUAGUUUUUAGAAAUUGUCUUAAAAAGGAAAGUACAUGAAAGUCAAAAAACAGAGUGCAUCUCCAUUAAAAGUGCAUUUCAUCAGUCAGCAGAGGGCAUCUGAGAACAUCUGAAUAACUUGGCAGCUAAUUAUGCAUGUGUGAUAUGUCAUUAAUGAAAACAGCUAUCCAUUCUUUCAUGUGGUUGGUGCAUAUGUUGCAAAAUUCAGGGAAUUUUCAAAGUUGGAAACUUUCCAUAGGAAUUAACAGGAAUGUACAGAAAUAAACAGGAAUUAAUGGCAAUGAACUGGAUAGCAAGUUAGUCUGUAACAGAGAACUUGAAAAAACCCUCAUCUUGCAGCAUAAUAUUAGUUAAAACAACCUGAUUUUAAAGCAAUUUCUACCCUGCACAUUCGUCAAUCACAUGCACACGGCAAUCAGAAUAGGUUGCUAGACAUAUAGGAAACCUAUGGUGUAUUCAUGCACAUGGGGAAAAGCAUUUUUCCCAAUAAAAAUGUCAUUGUGAAUGUCAUCUCAUGUGGGAAUAACUGGUGGGAAACUGGGGGAAGAUUGCAAACAGAGUUGUGGGCUUGUCGUCACUUUUGUCCUCAUUCAAAUGGGAGUACAUCAUUUUGCAUAAGCUCAAACAGGACUGUUAAUAUUAGUCAUAUGGAUAUUGCUGGUCUGAUUCAGCUUGACACUUUAAAAAUAAUCAUAAUGAGGUUUGGGGUGAUAUGUUUUGUCAAUUGCUGUCAGUUAAACACAUUUUUAUAAUUAUUUUAUUUGGUUUACCCUUUUCUGGGAUUCUGACUGGACAAAGCAAUAGUCAGUCCAUGUUCCAACCAAUCCAGAUUUUGUUGUUGAAUGGCAUAGUGUACCUUGGGUAGUUCAGUGGUGUCGGUGUUGCUAGCUUCACGCUAGUAAACCAUAGGCAAAGAAUGGGAAAUUCCGCUAGCAUAGUUAGCUUUGUAAGCUAGGCGAAAAUACUAACAAACGAAUCAUAUUGCUUGAUAAAAACAAAAUGAUUAUAUUUAUAUUUGCAUUUUGUAUGAAUUACCCCAAAUUCCCAGUUAAUACCCGUAAAUUCUCAUUAAUUAAUUUUCAUAAUUUCCUUUAAUUCCAUGUAGGUUUCCAACUUGGAAUAUUUCCAAAAUUCCCCAUGGAAAGUUUCCUGAAAUUCACCAAACAUUUUUCGUUCCUUUACAAUUGGUGCAGCUAUUAGUCAUAUUACAAAACCCAGAUGAUUAUGCUGUGUGUGAUUUUUAUCAUUACUUGUUAUACAAUCUUACUUUCCCCAUGUGGAAUGUUUGUUUGUUUUGCUAAUUGAACGACGGAGAUAAUUCAAGAUUAAUUAUUAUGUUUCUGCCUGUGUUUGUGUUCUCUUGCUGGUUCCUGAUAGAAAUUAAAAAGGCUAUGUUGAAACAAA